UAUAGUCUUGUCUAAUCUUUGACUGAAGGCUGAACCUCAGGAAUGACUUUAGUAUUGAGUUUAAAGGAUGUCUGGGGGCCAUACUCAGGGUUUCUCCAGUCUCUGUCAACCAGUAAGUUUGGUUCUUCUUUGUCAGUUUGGAUUUUGUCCUACGUUUUUCUCUAGCUCUGUCCGGGACCCUGUAUUGUGAUCUCUGUCAGAGCAGCCGGUGGUGGUAGCUGGGCACCAUCUAGUUAUGCUCAACUCAGUCUGGAGUGGAGGCUGUGGUAGCUGUGUUCCAUUAGUCCUUCAGACUAAUAUUCCCCUUGUGUCUUUGAUUUUCUUCAUCCUCCCUUGCUCUACAUGGGACAGACAUAUUUAGAUGGCUGCUCACUAGCUUUUAAGACCCCAGAUGCUACUCACCAAAGUAGGAUGUAGAACAUUAGGAAUGGCAUAUUUCUUUUUUUAAUAAUUUUUAUUGUGCUUUAAGUGAAAGUUUACAAAUCAAGUCAGUUUCUCACAUAAAAACUUACGUACACCUUGCUACCCGCUCGCAAUUACUCUCCCCCUAAUGAGACAGCCCACUGUCUCCCUCCACUCUCUCUUUUCAUGUCCAUUUUGCCAGCUUCUAAUUCCCUGCACCCUCUCAUCUCCCCUCCAGGCAGGAGGUGCCAACAUAGUCUCAAGUGUACACCUGAUCCAAGAAGCUCACUCCUCACCAGCAUCUCUAUCCAACCCAUUGUCCAGUCCAAUCCAUGUCUGAAGAGUUGGCUUCGGGAAUGGUUCCUGUCCUGGGCCAACAGAAGGUCUGGGGGCCAUGACCACCGGGGUCCUUCUAGUCUCAGUCAGACCAUUAAGUCUGGUCUUAUGAGAAUUUGGGGUCUGCAUCCGACUGCUCUCCUGCUCUCUCAGGGGUUCUCUGUUGUGUUCCUUGUCAGGGCAGUCAUCUGUUAUAGCCGGGAACCAUGUAGUUCUCCUGGUCUAAGGAUGAUGUAGACUCUGGUUCACGUGUCCCUUUCUGUCUCUUGGGCUCGUAAUCGCCUUGUGUCCUUGGCGUUCUUCAUUCUUCUUUGAUCCAGGUGGGUUCAGACCAAUUGAUGCAUCUUAGACGGCUGCUUGCUAGCGUUUAAGACCCCAGGAAUGGCAUAUUUCUUGAUGGUUGGCUCCAUGGUGAGGUGUCACUUUUCCCCACUCCCCACCCUGCCAAAUUGCACACCUCUUGUCCAUCUGCCUUCCAGCUUCCAAAAUGUUGGAGUUGCCUCCUUUCCAUUUUUCUUUUGUUUGUGUUAUUUUCUCUUCUUUUUAAACCACAUUACUGUCAUUUUAGUGAGGUUCUGGCAUUUGCGCCACCACCUCUGGGGUUCCUCUUAGUCUCUGCUUUCUCUGCACAGGCGCCCCUUGUUGCUGCCAGCCUCCCGGCCUUUGCCCCAGCAGUUCUUAGAAGGUUUCCAUCUACCUCUUCUUCCAACCCCCUUCAGCUAACUCACCUCCUGGGGCUAGACCUCCCUUAGGGGAAAAUAUCAAUCAAUGGGGGAAUCCUGUUAAUUGCUUUAGAAUUGAGGCCAUCAGGAGCCUGGGGGCAAGGCUGGGGUGAACGUAUUUGUAAGUCAUUGGCCUGAGCCUGACGUUGACCUUGUUGCCUUUGGGAUUCCCUUCAUUUAGAAUUCUUGAGCACCUACUUCAUGGGCUGGGUAUCUGGAGCUAGAGAAAGUUCUUGUCCGCAGGGGGCCUGUGUUUAGGGUGGGGGAGGGAGAGACUGGAGUUCAACAAAAUCACCCACCUAAUAGGGAGGAAGUGGCCUCUGGUGGGGAGGAACCAGGAGCUUAUAGGAUAUGAUAACCUGAGAUAUGCAGAUGACACAACCUAGUUUGCUGAAAGCAAGGAGGCCUUAGAAUACUUACUGAUGAAGACCAAAGACUACAGUCUUUAGUGUGGAUUAUGGCUCAACAUAAAGAAAACAAAAAUCCUCACAACUGGACCAAUAAGCCACAUCGUGAUGAAUGGAGAAAAGAUUGAAGUUGUCAAGGGUUUCAUUUUACUUGGAUCCACAAUCAAACGCUUUUGGAAGCAGCAGUCAAGAAAUCGAAGGACGUAUUGCAUUGGGCAAAUCUACAAAAGAACUCUUUAAAGUGUUCAAAAGCAAAGGUGUCAUUUUGAGGACUAAGGUGCACCUGACCCAAGGCGUGGAAUUUUUAAUCAUCUCAUAUGCGUGAGAAAGCUGGACAGUGAAUAAGGAAGACUGAAGAAGAAUUGAUGCGUUUGAAUUACAGCGUUGGUGAAGAACAUUGCAUAUCCCAUGGACUGCUAGAAAAACAAGCAAAUCUAAUCUGUCUUGGAAGAAGUACAGCCAGAACCCUCCUUAGAAGCCAGGAUGGUGAGACUUUGUCUCACGUACUUUGGACAUGUUAUUAGGAGGGACCAGUCCCUGGAGAAGGACAUCAUACUUAGUAAAGUAGAGGGUCAUCGAAAGAGAGGAAGACCCUCAACAAGAUGGAUUAACACAGUGUGUGCAAUAAUGGGCUCAAUCAUAGCAACAAUUGUGAUGAUGCAGGACCUGGCAGUGUUUCAUUCUGUUGUACAUAGGAUUACAAUAAGUCGGAACCUACUUGAAGGCACCCAACAACAACGUAGAAUGUGAAAAGGUGCCUAUUGGGAUCUGAGUGCCUAGAGGGUGAGGGGUAGUUUCCAGAAGGAGUAGGGUGGGAGGCUGGAGGUAGCAGGGUGAGGGAAGUCCCUUAGUGACUUGGCCCACUGGGGAGGGGAGCCAGGCUACCCCCAGGUCAGCCCCCAGGCCUGAUUGGACCAUCCGCCCCUGCUUGGUCCCAUUCUCCACCUUAGAGGGUGGGGUUGGAACUGGUUGAUCUGGGCUGGGCCUUGGUGGCAGCGUGGCCUGAUAGUAUCUCUCCAGCUCAGGACCCUUUCACAGCCCAGGACCCUCACUCUACGCAAAUGGGAGCUUGGGGUCCGUGGCAGCGGCCACAGGUCCCAUGGCCGGGCCACAGCACCAAGGUCAUGCAGGGUAAGCCCCAGCCUCUCUCUCCUUCCCUCCCUCCUCUUUGCUUCCCCCAAUGGCCUCUUCUUCCUGGAGAGGUGGGUUCGAAGAAGUCCAGGACAAAGGGCCAGGCCCAGGCAUAGCCUCUUUCCCUUUUAUUGCCAUUGUUUCGCUUUAGAGGAAAAAAUGGCACCCAGAGGUUGGGUGACUUGCCAAAGGUCACACAGCAGGGAUGUGUGGGAUCUGGGAGCAAGGCCUGGGCUCUUGACCGCAGCGCCUGUAAAGCCAAGGGGUGGGGGGAGGUGGGUGCUUAUAGGAACAUUCUUUCUUGUUCCUUUUUUCUUUCUCUGCCCAUUUCUAUUUAUUGUUUUGGUUUUUGUAAAUGACGUCAGUGUGAGGGUUCUGUGAAAAUUACUCAGAACGUAAUAUUUACCACACUUGUGUUCAGAUAGCCACUGGCCUCUUUCCUUCUGCUAGUGCCCCCUGCCAUUUUAAAGGAAACUUUUUGGGGUUUUAAGAUACAUAGGAGGACCAUGUUAGUUCACUAGUAAAUUUUCACCUUCCGUGUGGGAGACAUAGGUUCGAUUCACAGCCAGUGUACCUCGUGUCCGUGGAGGCUUAUGUGUUGGCUAUGGUGCUGAACAGAUUUCUUCAGAGUUGCCAGACUAAAAGGGGCUAAGAAGAAAGACCUGGCAGUCUACUUCUGAAAAUCAGCUAAUGAAGACCCAUGGAUCACAUGGUCUGAUCUACAGCUGAUGGCAGGGGUGGUGCAGGACCAGGCAGCACUUUGUUCCAUUGUGCUUGGGGUCAUCAUGAAUCCAGAGCCUACUUUACGGCAGCUGGCAACAACAAAGAGAGAAAAAUGAGCACAGAUCAUAAAUACAGUAAAACCUGUGAAAGCCAGAACCAGUGUAAGGUGGAGGCCCGUCAGAGAUGGAAAACUCAAAUAUUUUCCACUAAAACGAGUGAUAGAAAAGUUCUCAGACUGCCCCCGUCAAAGGGCAGAUAACUUGUGAGACAGGGAAAAACAAGGCAGUUCCCUUGAGUUCCGGCUCUCACAGGUUUCACUGUAUACAGUUUGAUGAAUUUUUUCACCAACUGAACACACGUUUCAGGUUUAAAAAAACCAAACCCCAGGUGUACCCCCCCCGCCCCGCUUCAGCCUCUUCCCUUGUCCCUCUCCCUCCCCCAGGGGUAGCCCUAUUCCUGACUUCUGCCACCAGAGUGUUGCUGGUUGGAAUCACAUGGUACCUUCUCUUUUGUGCCUGGCUUCUUUCACACAGUGUUCCGGUUAGGACGUUGAUCCGUGUUGUUCCAUGGUAUCACAGUUGAUUUAUCUGUUCUGCUGUUGAUGGGCAUUUGGGUGGUUUUCUAUUUUUGAUAGCAUUAGUGGUAGGAAGAUUCUGGAACUCUACUUUUGAUGCGCAAGGAGGGCAGUGCUGGGUCAGAGGGUGUGUGUGAGUGUGUGUGUAUCCUACUUUAGUAGAUUCUGCCAGACUCUUCUCGCAAGUGGUUGUACGAAUUUACACUCCUAUCAGAAGCGUAAUGGUAUUUUUCAUCUUUUUGACAUUUUAACCAUUCCGGUGGGGGUGUAGUAGUUUUAAUUCACACUUUGCCCAUGAUUUAAGAGACUGAGUACCUUUUCAUAGGUGUACUGGCUAUUUGGACAGCCUUACUUAUGACAUUCUUGUCAAGUCUUUUGCCCAUUUUUACAUUGAGUCACCUAUUUUUUUCUUAUUGAUUGCAGGAGCUCUUUAUAUAUUGUGGAUACAAUUCUUCCGUUGGUGAUACAUAUUGCAGAUAUUUUCUCCCUUGCUGUGGCUUACCUUUUAUUUAUCCUAAUGGUGUGUCGUUUGAGUACAAGUUUCUAACUUUAAUGUAAUCCAAUAUAUCAGUUUUACCUUUGGAGUCCCUGGGUGGUGCAAACGGUUAAUGUAUUUGACUGCUAACCGAAAUGCUGAAGGUUCGAGUUUACAGAAAGGCCUGGUGAUCUGCUUCUGAAGAAUCAGCCAUUGAAAGCCCUGUGGAGCACAGUUCUACUCUGAUAAAUAUGGAGCCGCCAUGAGUCAGAAUCGACUCCAUGGCACCUAGUAGGUUUAUGGUUAGUGCUUUUAUGUGGCUUUAAGAAAUCUUUACUUGCUCUCGAUUAUGAAGAUAUUUUCCAGUUUGUUUUUUAGAAGCUUUCUUGUUUUACCUUUCACAUUUAGAUCUACAAUCCACCUGGAAUUGAUUUUUGUGUAUGGUGUGAGGUAGGGACCAAGAUUCGUGUUUUGUCCCCCAUGGAUGUCCAAAAUGACCAGCAGCAUUUAUUGACAAGGCCGUCCUUUGCCUGUACCUGUCUUUGUAGGUCAGUCCCGUUCUGUGGGUCUGUCCAUCUCUCCUUGUGCCACACUAUCUGCAUUAUUAUUGGUGUAUACGUUUGGGUAGUUGAUGGUGUAAGUGCUUCCAGUUUGUUCUUCAUCUUAAAGGUUGCCUUGGCUAUUCUUGUUUCUUUGCAUUUUUAUAGAACUUUUAGAAACAGCUUUUCAAUUUCUAUAUCCACACACACCUGCUGGGAUUUUGAUUGGCACUACACUGAAUCUAUCGAUCAGUUUGGCUGUGGCGAGCACCUUUGUGAGUACAUCUUUGCCCACAUGUCUGAUGAUGUUCGUGGGAGGGGUCCCAGAUGUGGGUCUGAGUAUUUUUUACAGUACUUGAUAUGUACAGCCCAGUCACUUUCCAGAAGCUGGGUAUGAUGAGCUAGUUCGGUUCUUAUCCUCCCACGGGCCGCUCCCCUCCCCCGGGCCGUCCACAGCCAGACCCUAAAUUUGUUGAUCUGAUAGAUGAAAACAGCACCCUGUUGCUUUAAUACUUCUUUGUGUGAUUACUGACAUUGUACCCUUUUAUCGAGUUAGCUGUGCGUGGAUCUUUGCCAGUUGCUGCAGAUUCUGACUGAACUGACAGUGAAACCUAUGAGAGCCGGAACUUGGUGGGACCAGGUCUUGCCAGUUUUCCACCUUUUGACAGAGUGCAGGUGACCACUUUUCUGUUGCUCUCAAUUCGUGGAAAAUUUUGAGUUUUCCUUCUCUGACUGGUUUCUGCCUCACAUAGGUUUCGGCUUUUGCAGGUUUUACUUUCCAAGAAACUGGGCAUUAGCCCAUUCUCAGCUUAGACAUGACGGAAAUCUCUGGUUCUCGAGACCAAUGGGAGUUUGAAGGUCAUUUUAUCAGAGGGUCCUCACGCUAUUUUAACUGCUGUCAAAGGAACGCCCAAGUCAUAUGUCUGAGCUAUUUCUGGGUGAUAACCCUGAUUAGGUCAGAUAGGGUUUGAUGGCAUCUUAAGGGAUAUACUUCCUUUGUGAGGCCAGAAUGUUUUAAAAUAUAAAUCCAAAAGGUAUUUGUUCCGUGUUUGGUUGUGAAGGGGUCUUUGGGAGUGACGCUUUGCAUCUUGUCGUCUGGUGGGAAGUUCCCGUUGUGUCUUGGCACCAAAGUGUCGGUUUUGGAGCCUCAACUUCCUUAUCCGCAAAAUGAUAAGAAUCCCCCUCCCAGGGCUGAGGGGGGUGGGUGGGGGAGGCAGAAUGAGGCAAAGCCCUGAGUAAGAGCUACGCUGGUCGUGAAGCCAGGCUCCAGGAAAGCUCCCCACCCAGGCCCAUCCUCCCCUCCUCAGCCCUAGUUGAUAUGACCUUGCCCCAUCUCCCCACCUCUAGAUAUGAACUGAGCCCCUACUAUGUGUCCACACUGGGGACAGAGCAAAAGCAAAGCCCACAUUCUAAUGCAUACCACCAGGCCAAAUCUGGCCCUCCUCUUGUUUUUAUAAAGAAAGUUUUAUUGGAACCAACCAACGCCCUCUCAGUUAAGUACUGCCCGUGCCUGCUUUAGUCGGCAGAAUAGGUCUAAAAUAUGUAUUCUUUGGCUCAUUCAGGAAAAAGCCAGCCAGCCCUGUGCUUGUGGGUGGAGACAGAUAAUGGUAGAGGAACUAACCUACAUAGUAGGACAGAUAAUGGUAAGUGCUGUGGGGAAAAGUAAGUCAGGGAAGGGCGUGGGGUAUGGAGUGGGUUGCAGUUUAACCUAAGGUCCUUAGGGAAGGUCUCUGUCAUCUACCGUCAGCUGUAAGAGAAGGCAGUGAGGGAGCCUGGCCUCUCUGGAGGGAGGAACAGAUCCCAGGCUAUUUCACAUUCCUGAGUGGUGCGCACAGUUAAUGCCAUCAGUCGGAGAUUUGAGUCCACCCAGGGGCACCUCUGAAGAAAAGCCUGGCAGUCUACUUCCGAAACAUCAGCCAUUGAAAACCCUGUGGAGCACAGUUCUACCCUGUUACACGUGGGGUCACCAUGAGUCAGGGUCAACUCGACGGCAGCUGGUUUAUUUCAUGUUCCAGCCCAGUCCGUUCACAGUGAUAACAUUCCAUCGGUCCUUCAUGUUGUUGUGUGCUGUAGAGUCAAUUCCAACUCAUAGUGACCUUAUAGGACAGAGUAGAACUGCCCCAUAGAAUUUUCUAGGCUGUAAUCUUUACAGGAGGGAGCAGAUCGCCAGGUCUUUUCUCCCAUGGAGUGGCUGGUGGGUUUGAACUGCCGACCUUUCUGUUUGUAGCCCAAAGCUUAGCCAUCUCGCCACCAAGGCCCUUUUUGGAUUCUUCAUACCCACAGUAAUUCAUCAAGUCUCCCUCCUUGCUCUCACCAGCAGACACAUCACGUGCCCAUCUCAUAGCUUCUAGAAGAAUCCACAGCGACUUUGUCCAUUACAGAGGCAAAAUAGGACUGCCUGUUAAGAUGACAUGUAAUUAUUAGGUGCCAUCAAGCCUGUUCCUGCUCAUGGCUACCCCAUGUGUGCAGAGUAGAAUUGUGUUCCAUGGGGUUUUCAAGGCUGUGACCUUUCAGAAGCAGAUCGCCAGGCCUUUCUUCUGAGGUGCUCUGGGUAGACACAAACUUUGACCCUUUCAGUUAGCAGCCUAGCACGGUAACCGCUUGUGCCACCUUCACUAGUGCCGAUUACUGUCGAGUGCAUUCCAACUCACGUCGACACCAUGUGUGCAGAGUAGAACUUGCUCCAUAGGGUCUUCCGUGACCUUUCAGAAGGAGCUCGCUAGGCUUUUUUUCUGAGGCAGGUUCGAACCACCAGCCUUUUGGCUAGUAGUUGAAUGCUGAACCCGUUGAGCCACCCAGGGACUCCUUCACAUCACCUAGGGACUCCAAUAUUAAACCUAAACUAAUUAAAAUAGAAUAAAACGAGAGAUUCAUUCCUCAGCUACACCAGUCGUAUCCCUCAUUCUCAGCGGCCGCCGCAGUGCACGGCACAGAUGAUGGAACCUCCUUUUGGCCACUGUUAGUAUGUGUCAUUUAUUUUAUUUGUUUAUUUUUAAAAUACGAUUUAUUUUUGUCGUUGUUGAGAAUACGGACAGUAGAAAUACACCAACCCAACAGUUUCCACGUGUACAGUUCAAUGGCAUGGAUUACAUCCUUGGAGUUGUGCAACCGGUCUCACUCUCCUUUUCCAAAUUGUUGCUUCCUCAUUAAUGUAAACUCACUGCCCCCUAAGCUUCUUAUCUAACCUUUCCAAUUGCUGUUAUCACUUUGAUCCCAUAUCAAACCAAAACCAAACCUACUACCGUUGAGUUGAUUCCCGACUCAUAGCGACCCUAUAAGACAGUAGAACUGCCCCCCAUAGGGUUUCCAAAGCUGUAGUCUUUAUGGAACCAGACUGCCAUAUCUUUCUCCCACAGAGCAACUGGUGGGUUCGAACUGCAGGCCUUUUCGUUAGCAGCCGUGUGCUUUAACCACUAUGCCACCAGGGUUCCUUGAUCCUAUAUAAAACCCAAAAAAAACCAAACCUGUUGCCAUCAAGUCGAUUCCGACUCACAGCGACCUUAUAGGACAGAAUCGAACUGCCCCAUAAGGGUUUCAGAGGAGAGGCUGGUAGAUUCGAACUGUGGACCUUUUGGUUAGCAUCUGAGCUCUUAACCGCUGCGCCACCAGGGCUUCUGGUCCCAUAUAGAUAGAUCUUAAAAGAUCAUGAUGCCUGGAUUUCAUGUGUGUCGUUUGUCUUGCCCAAUUCCCGUCUGAUGGACACAGGUUGUGUCCAGCUUGCUUAGGGUGGCAGGCGGUGUAGCAGGGAACAUUCUCUGAGCAUGACUCUGUGGUCGUGUGUGACUGUUUCUGCUGGAGGGAGGUAGAGGUGGAGAGUUAGGCCCUGAUGUUGGCCUGAGUGCAGAUCCCAGUUCUGCCACCUGUGUGACUUUAGGAUGUCAUUGUCCACUGUGAGCUCCACAAGAAGGCUAGUGAGGAUAUUCAGUGGAUUCCUGAAACCAGGAAGUAGGUUCAGUGACCCUGUGCACUGGGUGUUUAGAAGGUGUUCUGGGAUUAUCAGGAACCAUAAUAAGUAAUGAUGGUUACACGUCCGUGUUCUAGAUUUUGAUCAUCCUGGGUCUUAGCUUCUAGGGUGUCAAGUGAGAUUAUUGUUGUUAGGUGUUGUUCAGUCAGUUCUGACUCCUAGGGCCCCAUGUGACAGUAGAGCUGCCCCAUAGGGUUUUCUAGGCUAUAAUCUUUACAGAAACAGAUUGCCAGGUCUUUUCUCCUGCUGAGAGGCUGGGUGGGUUCGAACCACCAACCUUUAGAUUAGCAGCUGAGAGCUUAACCACUGAGGCACCGGUGCUUCUUGUCAAGUGAGAUACUGUUUUGCAGAUGGCAUGAAGGCUUCUAGCCACCAGGGCGCUAGGUUUGGAGGGGGCCAGGCUUUGGGAGCCCUGCCCUGAGCUCAGGCCAGGGUGGGAGGAAGGGAGACACCCCCCCUCAACCGCAGGCUGGCUUGGGGUUUCCAGCAAAGUCUGUGGAGAGGCCAGAGGGCUCCAGGCUUGAUUGUCACUGCCCCCUAGAGUCCCAAGGCCUGCAUCCUUGUUGGGAAUCUGGGGGUGACCCUGCUGGGUCCCCAGGGAUGGGUGUGAGGAGCCAGAAGGGUGUACACCUAGACCCUGAGAACGUCAUAGUGGGGGCUCAGCAAACAGGCACCGAUGGAGCCUCUGAGGACACGAGGGUGGGAGGUCAGCUAUACCCUCUAGUGGGACCAGGUGGACAGCCUACGGGUGUGUGCUUCUGGGCUGGGGGGUUGCGUUUAUCUUCUCUCCUUUUUAAGAAAUUAUGGUAAAAUAUAUAACAAAAAGUUUGCCAUUUUAAUCAUUUUUAAGGGUACAACUCAGUGGCAUUAAUUACCUUCUCCACGUUGCAGAGCCAUCACCACUAUGCAUUUCUAGAACUUUUCAUCACCCCAAACAGAAACUCUGUGCGCAUUAAGCAAUAACUCCCCAUUAUUCCUUCCAGCCCCGGUAACCGCGGAUAAACUUUAGUCUCUAUACAUUUGCCUAUUCUUAGAUAUUUCACGUAAGUGGGGUCAUACACUAUUUGUCCUCCUGUGUCUGGCUUCUUUCACCCAUGUUGAAGCAGGUAUCAGGACUUGGUUUCUCUUUAUGGCUGAGUAAUAUUCCGAUGUAUAGAUAGACCAUGUAUUGUUUAUCCAUUCAUCUGUUGAUGGGCACUUGGGUUGUGUCCACCUUUUGGUGAUUGUGGACAGCGCUGCAAUGAUCGUUGGUGUACAUGUGUCUGUUGGAGGCCCGGCUUUCAGUUCUCUUGGGUAUAUGCCUAGGAGUAUAUUGCUGGAUCGUGAAAUUCUAUGUUUAACUUGACCGAGUCCCUAGGUGCUGUGAACAGCCAAGUCAUCGGCUACUAACUGAAAAGGUAGCCAUUGGAGCCCACUAGACUUACCACAUAAUAAAGGCGUGGUAAUCUGCUCCUGGAAGGCCACGGCCGUGAAAACCCUGUGGAGCACAGUUCUAGUCUGCACACAUGAGGUCGCCACGAGUCAGAAUUGACUCCGCGGCAACUGGUAUGUUUAACUUGUGAGUAUCCGUAACACUGUUUUCCACAGCAGCCUGCAUGGAUUCGAAUAACAGGCGUGUGAUCAGUUAUUCCUAGCAUGGAUUUGUCCUGUGUGACAGGUGGGGGCGCUGGGGAGGAGCCAGGCGGAGCCCCGUCCUCAGGCGGGCCCCCUUUAUGGAGGAGAGAGGCAUUAAAUCUGUUAUCCAGCUGAUGAAUCCCCAUUUCCAAGUUGCCAUAGAGACAGUGACUCUGGCUUGCUUGGAUUGGGUGGUCGGGAGGGCUUCUCUAGGCCCAAGGAGGCCCGGAGGUGGGAGUGAGCGUGAGGCUUCUGGAAGGAGGCCUGGGAGCUGGCGCAGGUAGGGGCAGAGGCAGGAGCAUCGAGGGGAGAGGAAGGCAGGCCCCAGGGCUGUGAGCAGUUGGAAAUUUACCCAGUUUGUCUCUGAGAUGCUCCCUCUGGCUGCGGGGUGAUGCAGGGAGGAGGUGGAGGUAGUGCGUAGGUGCAAAUAAAUAGAACUUACGUUGUUCUUGCUGCCUGAUAGCAGGCAGCCAGAUGGGGCGCUGUGCCCAUUUGACAGAGGAACAGCCUGAGGCUCUGAUGGCAGCUGUGAGAGCCCAUGGGCCUGGGGGAAGCCAGCUCUCCGGCCCCACCCCAGCCCUGGUGGGGUUUGGGCACAGUUGUGCACUGUGGCGGGUGGGAUCCGUUGGUGGCAUCCGGGCUCUGGAGGGCCUGGGGCUGUUGGGCGGGUUUCACAAGCCCAGGCAGGGCCAGGCUGGGGCCACUGGGCUUCCGCGAGGCCUGGGGCAGGAAGAGCUGGCGCUGAUGUAAGCCCUUGCGCAAACCUCAGGCUGCCGGCUUCCGGAGCCUGCCGCACGCCUGCCUGCCUGCCCGCCAAGGAGGAAGCCAGGCCUGGCAGGCCCCGAGGCCCUGCUGCCCAGCCCAGCUGCAUGGGUGCGCGGACUGGCCGCCAUGGCCCUGGGUCCCGAGGGCUUGGCGCUGGAGUCGGGCGAGGCCUUCCUGGGCAGCUUUGUGGCCGGCGGGAUGGGGCCCUCAGCCUCAGCCCAUGGCAGCCCGGUGCCCCUGCCCUCUGACCUCUCCUUCCGCUCCCCCACCCCCAGCAACCUGCCCAUGGUGCAGCUGUGGGCUGCUCAUGCCCACGAAGGCUUCUCCCACCUGCCCAGCGGGCUAUACCCGUCCUACCUCCACCUGAACCACCUGGAGCCUCCCAACAGCGGGAGCCCCCUCCUCAGCCAGCUGGGUCAGCCCAGCAUUUUUGAUACCCAGAAAGACGGCUUCUACCUGCCCGCCCCGGCGGCGGCGGGCGCCCUGCACUCCCACGCGCCCUCCAGGACCCCAGGCGGUGCCUCCUCCGGCGCUCCAGCCAAAGGCUCGUCGUCGCGGGAGGGAGCAGCCAAGGAGCGGACCGGCCGUGGCGGGGAGCCGCCCCCGCUGUUCGGCAAGAAGGAUCCCCGGGCCCGCGAGGAGGCAGCGGCGGCGGGGCCGCGAAGCGUCGUGGACCUGACCCAGGAGGCCCGAGCCGAUGGCCGUCCGGACCGCGGCCCCCCACGCCUUGCCGAGCGCCUGUCGCCCUUCCUGGCCGAGCCAGGCCCGCCGCGGGCCCACACCGAAGCCAAGGGCAAGGGCGCGCUGCCGCCCGGCCUGUGCAACGGCGCUGGGGACCCAGGCGCCAAGGAGGCGUCGCGCCAGGACGAGGGCGCGCGGCUGCGGCGCGCCGAAGCCCUGCUGCCCGGGCCGUGCCCCUGCCCCUCUCCUCUGCCGCCAGGCAAGGGCCCGCCCGCGCCCCCCGCUGCCGCCGGGGCCUUCUCCACGCCGCCGCAGCCCGGGCCCGCGGGCGUCUACACCAUCUUCCCAGCGGCGCGGGAGCCGGGCCGCGAGCACCGCGUAGUGGCGCCCACCUUCGUGCCUUCCGUGGAGGCCUGCGACGAGCGCCCGGGGCCCAUCCAGAUCGCGUCGCAGGCGCGCGACGCGCGGGCCCGGGAGCGCGAGGUGGGCCGGCCCGGGGUGCUGCAGCCGCCGCCCGGGUCCCCGCGGCCGCCGCCAGAACGGCCGGAGGUGCUGCGCGAGAAGAACUCCGUAAUCCGCUCGCUAAAGCGGCCGCUGCCGCCCGUCGAGGCCCCGCCGGGACGCACAGCGCGCGCCUCCCCAGACCCGCGGGCCUACCUCCCCUCCAAGGAGCUGCUCAAGCCCGAGGCCGAGCCGCGGGCCUGCGAGCGCGCACCCCGUGUCCCUGCCAGCGCCGCCCAGCAGGCCGCCAAGCUUUUUGGCCUGGAGCCCGGGCGACCACCCCUGCCUGCCGCCGCUGACCACAAGUGGAAGCCUUUCGAGCUGGGCAACUUCGCCACCACGCAGAUGGCUGUGCUAGCAGCACAGCACCACCAGGUCAGCCGCGCGGAGGAGGAGGCUGCUGCGGCCGCCUCUGCUGCCUCCAAGAAGGGCUACCUGGACCCUGGGGGCGCACUGCCCCGCUCGGGGACUUGCGGGAGGCCCAGCGCGGACAUGCACCCCGCGGCCCACGGGCCAGGCGAGGCCUCAGCCAUGCAGAGCCUCAUCAAGUACAGUGGCAGCUUCCCCCGCGAGGCCGUGGCUGUGCGCCCUGGGGGUUGCGGCAAGAAGAGCCCCUUUGGAGGCCUGGGUACCAUGAAGCCCGAGCCAGCCCCGACCACCGCUGGAGCCCCGCGCACCCAGGGUCGCCUCCAGCACCCCGGAGGCCCCGCAGCAGGCAGCGGUCGGCAGCUGAAGCGAGACCCCGAGAGACCUGAGAGCGCCAAGGCCUUUGGACGCGAGGGUUCCGGUGCGCAGGGUGAAGCCGAGGUUCGGCACCCUCCGGUGGGCAUAGCUGUGGCCGUGGCCCGACAGAAGGACAGUGGAGGGAGUGGCCGGCUAGGGCCUGGUCUAGGGGACCAGGAGCGCUCUCUAUCCCUGAGCAACGUCAAAGGGCAUGGGCGAGCGGAGGAGGGCUGUGCGGAUGAGCGAGGCCGGCACCGGGAGGAGCGGCUGCUGGAUGGGCGGCUGGACCGGGACCAGGAGAAGCUGCUCAGAGAGAGCAAGGAGCUGGCAGACUUGGCCCGCCUACACCCCACCAGCUGUGCAGCCAAUGGCCUGAACCCCAACCUCAUGGUGACUGGGGGCCCGGCACUGUCGGGCUCCGGCAGAUGGUCUGCCGACCCUGCGGCCCACCUGGCCACGCACCCCUGGUUGCCCCGCUCUGGCAGCACGUCCAUGUGGCUUGCUGGGCACCCCUACAGCUUGGGCCCCCCCUCUCUGCACCAGGGCAUGGCACCCGCCUUUCCCCCUGGCUUGGGAGGCUCCCUGCCUUCAGCUUACCAGUUUGUCAGGGACCCCCAGUCGGGCCAACUGGUGGUCAUUCCCAGCGAUCACCUGCCUCACUUUGGGAGCGGGCCAGGGGCCCAGGCUGAACCUAGCCCACCGCCAUGUGAAAUGGGUGGCGCUGGCGUCACUGCGGCCUCACGGCCUGUCUCGCCCGCAGCGGAGCUGAUGGAGCGGGCCGCCGGGCCCCCACUCUGGCCGGCCCUGUACCCGCCGGGCCGCAGCCCCCUGCAUCAUGCCCAGCAGCUGCAGCUCUUCUCCCAGCAGCACUUCCUGCGGCAGCAGGAGUUUCUGUACCUGCAGCAGCAGGCGGCCCAGGCCCUGGAGCUGCAGAGGAGCGCCCAGCUGGUGCAGGAGCGGCUGAAGGCCCAGGAGCACCGCGUGGAGAUGGAGGAGAAGGUGGGCAGGCGGGGCCUAGAGGCAGCAAGCAAGGCCGGCCUGGCCUCCACGGGCCCCGGGCUGCUGCCUCGGAAGCCCCCCGGCCCCACGGGUGCCUACAGCAAGACCAUGAGCCCACCGCCACCCCUGUCUCCCCGUGCUUCCCCUGUGGCUGCCCUGAAGGCCAAGGUCAUCCAGAAGCUGGAGGACGUGUCCAAGCCACCCAGCUACGCCUACCCUGCCACGCCUAGCUCCCACCCCAGUAGCCCGCCGCCCGCCUCCCCACCGCCUGCCCCCAGCAUCACCCGCAAGGAGGAGGCACCCGAGAACGUCGUUGAGAAGAAGGACUUGGAGCUGGAGAAGGAAGCCCCCAGCCCCUUCCAGGCCUUGUUCUCAGAUAUCCCACCCAGGUAUCCAUUUCAAGCCCUGCCACCCCACUACGGAAGGCCCUACCCGUUCCUGCUGCAGCCCACAGCAGCCGCCGAUGCCGACGGCCUGGCCCCUGAUGUGCCACUCCCAGCUGAUGGACCUGAGCGCCUGGCGCUCUCGCCUGAGGACAAGCCCAUCCGCCUGUCCCCCUCCAAGAUCCCUGAGCCGCUGCGGGGACCCCCAGAGGAAGAGCCACUGGUGGAGCGGGAGGUGAAGGCGGAGGUGGAGGACCUGGAUGAGAGCCCCUCGGAGCUGCACCCACUAGGGUCGCCACUGGUGCUGCCUGCUGCCGAGGCCGUGCCGGCCCCCAGCCCCUCGGGCGGCUGUGGAGCUAGUCUGCUGGAAGCCCAGGUGCUGAGCCCUGAGGGGCAGGGGUGUGCAGCGCCCUCUGAGUGCCCAGACUUUGCAGAGGGGGCUGAAGCACGGACUGAGUCACCAGGCCGAACAGAAUCCUGCGCGGGUGCCCCGGACCUGGGGGGGAGGCUGACGCCCGAGACACUGGUGGAGACCAAGGAGGAGCCGGUGGAGGUGCCUGUCGAUGUGCCCAUGGGGGAGGCCGUGCCUGAGAAAGGUUUAGCCCCAGUGGCUCCUAGCGAGCCCCGACCCAGCCUGGAAUUGCCUGACCAUGACUUGCCCGCCGGGGAGGGGGAGUGCCUGAGCCUUGAGGCCCCGGAGGCCACACCUGUGCCUGGCAGCUCCUGCUACCUGGAGGAGGCAGGCUCUGAGGAGUCUCUGCCCAGCCUGGAGGACCCGCUGGCCGGCAUGAACGCCCUGGCAGCAGCCGCGGAGCUGCCUCAGGCCAGGUCCUUGCCCUCCCCGGGUGCUGGACCCCAGGUCUUGGAGAAGCUGGAAGCCGCCCAGAACCUCGUCCUGGAGCAGAGCUUCCUGCAUGGGAUCACCCUGUUGAGUGAGAUCGCCGAGCUGGAGCUGGAGAAGAGGAGCCAGGAGGUGGGAGGUGCGGAGCGGGGUGUGGCCACACGGCCCUCACUGGAGAGCCUGCUGGCAGCCAGCAGCCAUAUGCUACAGGAAGUGCUGGACAGCCCCUUUGUGGACCCACUUAAGAGUCUACGGCUGCCCCGUGAACUGAACCCCAACAAGAAGUACAGCUGGAUGCAGAAGAAGGAAGAGCGGAUGUAUGCCAUGAAGUCCUCCCUGGAGAGCAUGGAUGCCAUGGAGCUGGACUUCCGCAUGCGGCUGGCCGAGGUGCAGCGGCAGUACAAGGAGAAGCAGCGCGAGCUGGUGAAGCUGCAGCGGCGCCGGGACUCUGAGGACAGGCGCGAGGACCCCCAUAGAAGCUUGGCACGCAGAGGCCCUGGCAGGCCGCGGAAACGGACCCACGCCCUGAGCGCCCUGUCACCCCCCCGCAAGAGAGGGAAGAGCCGCGACAGUAGCGGAAAGCUGAGCAGCAAGUCCCUGCUGACAUCCGAUGACUUCGAACUGGGAGCGGGGAUAAGAAAAAGACACAAGGGGGCCGAAGAGGAACAUGAUGCCCUCAUUGGAAUUGGGAAAGCGAGGGGCAGGAGCCAGACUUGGGACGAGCAUGAAACCUCUAAUGACUUCAUGAGCCAGCUGAAGAUUAAGAAGAAGAAGAUGGCCAGCGACCAGGAGCAACUGGCGAGCAAGCUAGACAAGGCCCUCUCCCUCACCAAGCAGGACAAGUUGAAGUCCUCGACCUUCAAGUUUUCGGACAGUGCUGGGGGGAAAUCGAAAACUAGCGGGGGCUGUAGCAGGUACUUGACUCCUUAUGACGGCCUGCUCAGCAAGGACAGAAAAGCCCUGGCCAAAGGCCUCAGCUUGUCGCUGAAAGCCUCCAGGGAAGGUAAACACAAAAGGGCGGCCAAAGCCAGGAAGAUGGAGGUGGGGUUCAAGGCCAGAGGCCCGCCCAAGUCGGCCCACUCCCCAUUCGCCUCGGAAGUGAGCAGCUACUCCUACAAUACCGACUCCGAGGAAGAUGAGGAAUUCCUGAAGGAUGAGUGGUCUGAUCAAGGCCCCUCCAGCUCCAAAUUGACAUCUUCCCUUCUGUGUGGCAUGGUGGCCAAGAACAACAAGCCCGCCGGAGGCCCCAAGCUGUCCAAGCGGGGCCUAGUGGCCACCCGGACUCUGAAACCCAAGCCGGCCGCUAGCAGGAAGCAGCCAUUUUGUUUGCUGCUCCGAGAGGCCGACGCUCGUUCCUCCUUCAGCGACUCUUCGGAGGACUCGUUUGACCAAGAUGAGAGCUCCGAGGAGGAGGAGGACGAGGGGCUGGAGGAGGAGGAGGACGAGGCUGGUGGCGGCUAUAGGCUGGGGGCCCGGGAGCGGGCCCUGUCACCAGGCCUGGAGGAGAGCGGGCUGGGCCUGUUGGCACGCUUCGCAGCCAGCGCCUUGCCUAGCCCCACCGUGGGGCCGGCCCUGUCGGUGGUGCAGCUGGAGGCCAAGCAGAAGGCGCGGAAGAAGGAGGAGCGGCAGAGCCUGAUGGGCACAGAGUUCGAGUACACCGACUCGGAGAGCGAGGUCAAGGUGCGGAAGCGCUCACCUGCCGGGCUGCUGCGGCCCAAGAAGGGGCUCGGGGAGCCGGGGGGCGGCCUGGCCGGGCCUGUGCCUAGCACCCGCGGCCCUGCCAGCCCUGACAAGGCCAAGCUGGCAGCAGAGAAGGGGCGCAAGGCGCGCAAGCUGCGCGGCCCCAAGGAAGCUGGCUUUGAGGCGGGGCCCGAGGCCAGCGACGACGACCUGUGGACACGCCGGCGCAGUGAGCGUAUCUUCCUGCACGACUCGGCCACGGCAGCCCCUGCGCCCGCAGCGGCUCCAGCGCCCAAGGCCACGCGCGGUGCCAAGGGCGGCGCGCUGAGCCCGCGCAAGGACGCCGGCCGCGCCAGGGACAGGAAGGACCCCCGCAAGAAGAAGAAGGGGAAGGAGACGGGGUCUGCAGCCUCCUUGCCGCCACCCCGCACACCUGCCCUGCCCUCUGAGGCCCGGGCCCCUCACACCAGCUCACUGGCUGCCACCAAGAGGAGCAAGGCCAAGGCCAAGGGGAAGGAAGUGAAGAAGGAGAACCGUGGGAAGGGGGGCGCUGUGAGCAAGCUGAUGGAGAGCAUGGCUGCCGAGGAGGACUUUGAGCCCAACCAAGACUCCAGCUUCUCAGAAGAUGAGCACCUCCCACGUGGUGGGGCUCUGGAGCGGCCGUUGACGCCAGCCCCCCGCUCCUGUGUCAUCGACAAGGACGAGCUCAAGGAUGGGCUGCGUGUGCUCAUCCCCAUGGACGACAAGCUGCUGUACGCCGGGCAUGUGCAGACUGUGCACUCGCCGGACAUAUACCGCGUGGUGGUGGAGGGCGAGCGCGGGAAUCGACCCCACAUUUACUGUCUGGAGCAGCUGCUGCAGGAGGCGAUCAUCGAUGUGAGGCCGGCCUCUGCACGCUUCCUGCCCCAGGGGACCAGGAUUGCUGCCUACUGGAGCCAGCAGUACCGUUGCCUCUACCCAGGCACCGUGGUCCGAGGGUUACUUGACCUCGAGGACGAUGGGGACCUCAUCACCGUGGAGUUUGAUGACGGAGACACUGGGAGGAUCCCCUUGUCCCAUAUCCGCCUCCUGCCUCCCGACUACAAGAUCCAGUGUGCUGAGCCGUCCCCAGCCCUCCUGGUGCCGAGCGCCAAGCGCCGUAUCCGGAAAACCAGCAAAGACACUGGGGAAGGCAAAGAUGGGGGCACAGCGGGGACAGAGGAGCCCGGAGCCAAAGCCAGAGGCCGUGGCCGAAAGCCCAGCACCAAGGCCAAGGGCGACAAAACUACUGUCCUGGAGGAGGGGGGCUCCACAGAUGAGGUCCCCAGCACCCCUUUGGCUCUGGAGCCCAUCAGCACCCCAAGUUCCAAGAAGAGCCCUCCAGAGCCCAUGGAGAAGCGCCCUAAAGCCCCCAAGGCCCGCUCAUCACCCCCCCAGCCCAGCCCUGUGCCCCCCAGCUUUGCUGGCUGCCCGACUCCCGAGCCCUUUGGGGAGGUGCCUGUGCCCCCCACGGCUGUGGCCCCGGCGCCCCUUGUGGCAAUGCCCCUCACCAUGCCCGCCACCCGUCCCAAGCCCAAGAAGGUGCGGGCAGCCGAGGAGCCGGGUGCCAAGGGCCCUAGGAGGUCCGGUGAGGAGACCGAGCUGCUUGUUAAACUGGACCACGAGGGCGUGAUGUCACCCAAGAGCAAGAAGGCCAAGGAGGCCCUGCUCCUCCGUGAGGACACAGCCACAGGCGGCUGGCAGGAGCCCAAGGGCCUCCCGGGCCUGGGCAGCUUCCCCCCUGCCACAGGCGGCGGUGAGCCCAAGCCUGGGCGGCCCAAGGCCCUGGACGGUGAGCUGGCCCCGGAGCCUGGGCCGGGGCUGCAAUUUGAGGACUCGGGGGGCCCCGAGAGCCCGGACAAGGGCCAGGCUGAGCAGGAUGGCGCGGAGGAGUCAGAGAGCAGCAGCAGCAGCAGCGGGGACAGCAGCGGCAGCGGAAGCAGCAGCAGCAGCAGCAGCGGCAGCAGCAGCAGCUCGGAGACAGAGGCCGAGGAGGAGGGCGGGAAGAACGGGGAGGAAAGCCGGGGCGGCGGGGGCCGGGCCUGCAGCGCUGCCAGCUCCAGGGCCUCCUCUCCUGCCUCCUCCUCUUCCUCCUCCUCCUCCUCUUCCUCCUCCUCCUCCUCCUCUUCGUCCUCCUCUUCGUCUUCCUCCUCCUCCUCAUCCUCUUCCUCGUCUUCCUCCUCCUCCUCCUCCUCUUCUUCCUCCUCCUCCUCCUCCUCCUCGUCCUCCUCCACCACCGACGAGGACUCCUCCUGCAGCUCGGACGACGAGGCCCCUCCAGCCCCUGCAGCUGCCCCCUCCCCCCAGCCUGCCCUCCCCACCAAGGCCUCCAAGCAGGCGGGCAAGGCAAGGGCUGCAGUCCAUUCCCCUGGCAAGAAGGCCCCGGCCCCCCAGCCCCCGCCGCCCCCACCGCCGCAGCCCCCGCAGCCCAAGGCCCAGGCCGGGGCCGGUGGCAAGAGCCGGCCCAAAAAGAGGGAGGGCGUCCACCUCCCCACCACCAAGGAGCUGGCCAAGCGGCAGCGCCUGCCAUCCGUGGAGAACCGGCCCAAGAUUGCUGCCUUCCUGCCGGCGCGGCAGCUCUGGAAGUGGUUCGGCAAACCCACACAGCGGCGUGGCAUGAAGGGCAAGGCGCGCAAGCUCUUCUACAAGGCCAUUGUGCGUGGCAAGGAGAUGAUCCGCAUUGGGGACUGCGCCGUCUUCCUUUCGGCCGGCCGCCCCAACCUGCCCUACAUUGGCCGCAUCCAGAGCAUGUGGGAGUCCUGGGGCAACAACAUGGUGGUCCGUGUCAAGUGGUUCUACCACCCUGAAGAGACCAGCCCGGGCAAGCAGUUCCACGAGGGCCAGCAGCCCUGGGACCAGAAGUCGGGCCGGAGCCUCCCCGCUGCCCUGCAGGCCUCCAGUCAGAGGAAGGACUUCAUGGAGCGUGCCCUAUACCAGUCCUCUCACGUGGACGAGAACGACGUGCAGACGGUGUCGCACAAGUGCCUGGUGGUGGGCCUGGAGCAGUAUGAACAGAUGCUGAAGACCAAGAAGUACCAGGACAGCGAGGGCCUCUACUACCUCGCGGGCACCUACGAGCCCACCACAGGCAUGAUCUUCUCCACCGACGGCGUGCCCGUGCUCUGCUGAGCGCCGGCCGCCCCGGCUAAGGGCUCCAUCAGCUGCCUUGCCCCCCAGGCCCCGGGGACUGCUUACAUCACUGCCACGGCCAGAGGCCACACAUGGGCUGUGCAAGCCCUGAUAGGGCAUGCGCCCACGGCUGAGUGCAUGCAGUGUGCCCGUGGGCGUGUGCGUACGCCCACGGGGGUGUGAGUGCGAUGUGUACAUGUGUGUGCCCGUAUGCAUGCACGUGUGUGCACACAUGUGCACACGCCUCCAGACCCCCUUUCUAGACCCCUUGGUGCCCCCCCCCCAGACAGGGGCUUCUCCCAAUGAUCAGGGUAUAGCUCUGCCCACCCCCACCCCAGGCCUCCCCAGCACCCCUUAAGCACUUGGCCCUCCAGGCCCCAGGCUGCUGCGUGGAACCCAGGUGCCCCCAGGCCCACGCCAGCUAAGUAUCCAAGACUCGGACUGGGGACUCGGUUGGGGAGGAAGGGGUUUCUAAGGAACCAAACUGACGCUCUAGGGUGUUUCCCCCCACAUCGGACCCUCCUGGGGCUGCCAGGGUCCAGCCACCUCAGCAUGGAGCCCAACCCAAGGCCUCCUACCAUGGGAGGGGGCAGCUCAGCGCCAGCCAGUCUCACCAACGGUGCCAGGCCUGCUCCUGGGUGCCCUGCCAGGAGCCUGGGCCUCCGCCCUCUCAGGACGGCCUGGAACUUGGGGAACGCAGCCAGGUGAGGGCAGAGCCCUGGAGCAUCGGCAAGGCACCAGGUGGAGGCCAGGCGCUGGCCGCACCUGGCCCAGACCCUCACACUACAGACAACCCCUAUGGUGCUGAAACCUUUGCCCCGGCCCAAUCACACCUGGCCGCUCCACGGCCAGGCCUUGGCCACCCCGGGAGGAGGCAGUUCUUAACCUGUACAGUUUUAUUGUACCAAGAGACUCUAGCCCCGCCCCUGUAUCAUACGCCUUUAAAUGGAGUCAACUUUUUAAUUAUAUAUAUAAAGAUAAAUAUAUAUAAAUAUAUAUAAAUAUAAACUUUUUAAAACUGUGAAAAAUAGCUAUGAAAUUAUAAAAAGCGAACACAUUCUGAUGUGCAGAAUAUUAUUUUUUAUUUCCUGUUAGAUUGUGAGUGCCAAACAGCCGGCGUCACGGAUCCCCACCCUCACCCAUGUCCCUACGCACACCCCUGCCUGCCCGGCCCUCCUGCCCCCCAGCUCCCCCCCCGUACUGUAUUUGCCCCCCAGAUGGAUAAGGAGCUAGGGAAAGCAGAGAGGAGACUCGAGCAAGGGAGAGAGGGAGGGAGCCGGCCCAGCUGUGAGUCCCCCCCUCUGGCCCAGAAAGCACUUACUCAGCCCCCUGGGAACAGGAGAGCUUGCCCAGACAAUCUUGAGGGAAGGAAAAGCCAGACUUUGGUUUUGUUUUUUGGGGGAUUAUUGUUUUCUUUCUUUCUUUCUUUUUUUAAGUUUCUUUUGGAAUUUUGUUUGUUGGCGAAUUCUGUGUGAUCUUUUUCAUAAAAAAAGAAAAGAAAAGAAGAUUUCAUUGGAAAAGCA